AUGUCAACUUUUAAAAAGCAAAAGAAUUAUAGAAAAAAGAAGAUCGAAUCUGAUGAUGAAUUAGACACUGCUCAAGAGCCUACUCCAGACCUUGAACAAGUGAGUGCUACUAUCGAGGAAUUAACAGAACUGAGAAAACUUCGUCGCAAGCCAGUUGGUCUCGAUGCUGACAAGCUCCUGAAAGGUGCUGAAAAGAAAAAGAAAAAGAAGAAGAUAGAGGAUCCUAAUGCUUGGAGUUUGAAAAAGGGUGGAUUGGUUGAACCUGACGCAUAUAGAGCAUCGAAAUUAGAUGACGAAGAAUCAGCCAACAAAUCUAGAAAGCUUAAAUUAGAUGCGUUUGCUACGGCAACAAACACAUUAGAUGUAGAUAAGCACAUGAUGGAAUACAUUGAAUCUGAAAUGAAAAAGAGACGAGGUGGAGCAGCAAAGGACGAUGAUGAGGACGAUGAAAAAGCCGUCGAUCGUGGAUUAGUUGACAUCUAUGAGGAGCUGUAUCGCAUUCCAGACAGACUAAAAGGAGAGCAAAAGCAACAGGAGUCAGAAGGCAAUGUUCAACUAUCAACUCAAAUGUUGACAGCCAUCCCCGAGGUCGAUCUAGGCAUUGAUACUCGAUUGCAGAACAUUGAAGACACUGAACGAGCAAAACGCAAGCUGAUUGACGAUACUGAAAAAGAGGAGAGCGAGUCUGGCGGCCAACAGGGCGCAGCUGAACAUGUACCUGCAAAUUUUGAGAAGCAAAUUCCCAAGCAAUACAAGCCAAGAUUAGAUCAUAAGCUCAUGGCCACUGAUGAUCAAGCUGUAGCCAGAUUCAAGAAGAGAAUGAGAAAAUAG